AUGGCCAGCUUCUCGGAUGACAACUACGACUGCUCUGCAUAUGCAGCAUGUCGCCCACCACCUCCAAAACACCUUUUUGACACUGUUCUGGCCUAUCAUCAAGCCCCACGAGACUUGUGUAUUGACCUGGGCUGCGGUAACGGCGCUGCAGCCCGCGGCCUAGCCAGCCACUUCGGAUCAAUCUUUGGAGUUGAUCCCUCCGAGAGCAUGCUGAAGGAGGCCAGAGCACAGACAAAAUGCAGGAAUGUUCACUACCGCCAGUGCUGGGCAGAGUCUCUCCCCUUCGUCCAGACAGGUACAAUUGACUUGGUAAUAGCUUGCCAGGCAGCACAUUGGUUUGACCCUGACCUGGUAUGGAAAGAAAUGACGCGAAUCGUUCGCUCUGGAGGAACUGUUGCUUUCUGGAACUGGGGUAAUUAUGUUGUGGUCGGACACGCACAUGCUAACCGCGCAUUAAGAAAGUUUUCUUCUGAAGAUCUGGCGUCCUACUGGCCGCAACCGGGGAAGGCGAUCUGGGAUGAUUGUAUGCGUCCCGUUGAAUGCCGCGACUUCUCUAACUGGACUGAUCACACAAGGUUAGAGAGUGAUCCCUCUGGGGCACCUCAUGCGUUGAGGACAGUAGAAAACAUUCGAAUGCAGAUUUCAGAUACACUUGGUGGUCUGGAGGCAUUGCUGCGGACAUGGAGUUCUGUGCAUGAAUGGCGAAGGGCACAUCCUCACGCUGCUUCAGUAAGAGAUGGCGGUGCUGGUGACAUCGUUGAUAACCUAAUACAAGACAUGAUUGAGGGUGAAGAGGACUGGCGGCGUAUUACCAUGUCCGGGGGGGACUGGCGGGAGAUCAAGCUGGAAUUAGAAACGCGCAGCGUUCUCCUUAUGGUUCGCAGAGCAUGA